AUGCAGGACAUAGACAGUUUAUACCGACUAACACCAGCGUCCGAUGGUCAGGAUAACCGGAUUUACGAUGGAACUGUAGUUUAUUACAAGCAACAUUUGUUCAUUUUGGUCAGUGACUACAUCGCUCCAGUGAAGAUUCGCGCAAAUGAGCUCACCGCCAAUAUAAAGCUGAAAGGUUUGACUUGGUUUCUUUCUCUUCACGUGCCAUAGUGUGCUUGUCACAAUGUAACAACCUAUAGUGUGUUUGUGUGUGUGUGUGUGUGUGUGUGUGUGUAGGCUACCGGUAAGUGCCGUUUUUCUUUCCAAGCACUGUCCGGGGGGGUGCGCGUGCGUGCGUUUAUGUAUGUGCGCCACGUGCGUGUAGGAAACGUUAUGGAAAUCCUGAAAAUGUCCUCUAUGUCUCCACGGAACCAGACUUUUCAACUAUUAUGCUAAUUAUAUUAUGUAGCCUAUGUAUCUUGUCAUUUUAAAAUAUCAUUACACUUUUUGUCGGCAUAUUUGCCUUUUUGUAUUCAUAUUCCAUUUUAAUUGAUGAAAUUGGCAGUGUAGACUGUCAUGAGUGUGUAGGCCUAUUAUUGUUUGAAGUGUGACAAAUUGACAGAUCAGUUUCUAUCACUUGCGCCGGAACAAAUAGGAUAUUUGCCUAUAACACUUUUCUUACAAUGCGAUAACAAUAUGGUAGGCUAUCCGACAUGAAAAUGAAGACCAAAUAGUACAUGGAAACAGAUUGGAGAUCCAGUACUCCUCUUUCUUGGAAAGCAAACAUACAUUAAAAAAACGCGCACGGGGGAACAUUCUUGGUCUUGUAAUCUCUGGCCCGCAGCACACAUAAUGGCUUUUGUCUUGUUAUUGUUGCUGCAACAGUCCACGUGAGCGCGCGGAGGAGCAUUUAGUCAGUCUCUCCAGGGUUCUUCUGGGCAGUGGCUGUGUAGAGAGCUACUAGGAUAGACGGUUAGACUAGACACCGCCUACAGUUCACCAAGACAGCGAGGUAGUCCUUCCCUGGUUUUACGUCUCGGCUCUUUUUAGGGCAUAUUCUCCCUCCGCAUGCCCGGACUCCCACGGUAAGUGCUAUUCUCUUGGGAAAAAUAGAACCCAAUCUCUCACCAGAAAGUUUAUCUCUGAUAUUGUCUUUUUAGCCUGUGACAUAACUAAACAUAACUGCUCAUUUAUAUUUUUGUCUGUGAUUGUUGUGUGUCUGCCUUUACCAUUUCACCACUAUUAAUGUCAUAUGAAUGUGACUUCAGGCAUUGUACAUUCCUAUAAAAAUACGAAUUAAUUUGAACUUGAACAGGAGAUAGGAUUGAGUGCUCUUUACGAGAAACUGUGUCCAAUUGUUGGAUCUCGUUUCUCUCAUGAAACUAUGCACUCAGCAUUUAUUCUUUAUUUUGUAAUAUUCAUGUUGUUUACAACUCCCGAGCAAUGAAUUGAGUUUCACCCUCUGCCCUGCCUCUGGUACAGGGCGUUAGUGCGUUCCUCUACAAAGGUAGGGCAAGGGAAAGGUAGGAUAGCUACCUCGCUAGGCUAUAUGAGUUAAACAUUCCAUAGACCAAAUGUAGGUCUCUUCCCUACAAAUCUGGUUGGUCCAGUCUACUGUUAUUGCGACUCUAUUGCUAUUGCAAUUACAAGUUGUAACUUGUUCCAUGUGACACUAUGUUCUUAUAGUUAAUUACAGAUUGGCAUAAGUGAUAUUACUGGUUGACACCACACCUGCAGCAAGGAACUGUAUGACCCUGUUUAAAUCAUGUCAAAUGCUUUGUGAUAUAGUCAUUCAUCAGUUUGCAGAUUGGUGAAAGCAGAGGUUCUGUUACGCUUUCAACAAUUUAUUCAUGUUAGAUCAGAGAUGACAGGAAAGAAGCGACAAGAGAGUAAGGAAGCAUAAAAAAAAAAAUCAAACUCUCUUACUGGACAUAACAGAUGAUAUCCUAAUCCAUUUAUCACUUGCUUAUAAUAGUGUCAUAUGGCAUAGUGGCAUAGUGUGAAUUUAAAGUCCUAAACAGACAGUGUUAAUGAGUAGUCCAUCUAUGUCAAUGGGAGGGUCUGAUAUUUAGUUCAGUUAUACAUGGAGUUAUUUGAUGGAUUUAUACCUUCUGCAGUACAGUAUGGACAGGAACCGGCAAAUCCUGUUGUUCCUGGUACACUUGACCAUCAGUCAUAUUGUGUGUGUGUGUUGAGGUUGAUGUCUUCAAUGUUCCAUUCCCAGUACAAACUGUACAGAACCAUGCAGCAACAUGACAACACAAUGUUCUAUGGGGCGAACGAUGUGCCUUGUUCUUGUUUGCAUAACAUGCUCCCCACAUAGACUUCUUAUUUUCAGCUCCUGGGUAAUAAAGACUCCUAUUGAGGAAGGUCAUGUGACGAGAUCACGAGCGAGGGAAAGAAUUUCAGAAUUCAGGAUUUGGGCGAGAGAGUGGAACAGAAAGAGGGAAAAGUGGGAGAGAAGCUGCAUAGCUAGGGGACUAUGGAUGGAUUCAGAAGAGGUGGAGAGGGGUAAAGGGGAGGUGAAGAGGAGAGAGGGAUGAAGAAGGGAAAGUUUAGAAUAUUUGUUGAUUUUGAUACACGAUGGUAGGGGAACUGGGGAUGGUCACCGCCACCGGCAGUCACUCUCUGUUUAGAGUGCUUGUUUUCCCCUUGUUUGCUGUAUGUGGCAACCAUUACCGUGAUCUUGCACACAAACAAACAAACAAACACUCACUGACACUUAAACAAACACCUCUGACAGAGGGUUUAACCUUCUUCUCGCUUUCUUGUUACUCAUUUGCACAAUUGUAUAGUAUUGUAGAUAGGAAGUCAAGAAUGAUCAAGUCCUUGACAAUAAAUUAUUCUGAAGAGAAAUGUGUUGCUACUGUGCAGAACAGCCUUGUGAGUGGGUUGUGUAGUUGAGAGUGGGUGGUAGUGAGCACAUGAGAAGUGGUUGAUAUCACAGAGACCACAGAGGCCCAUGAACAACACCUCCAAAACCUCCCGUUAUUCGACUAAAACAGAAAUAAACAUUCUACUACUGAUGGAGACAGUGGAGGCUGCUGUGGGGAGAACGGCUCAUAAUAAUGGCUGGAAUGGAGCAAAUGGAAUUGCAUCAAAUACAUAGAAACCAUGUGUUUGAUACCAUUCCACUGAUUCCGCUCCAGCCAUUACCACGAGCCCGUCCUCCCCAACUAAGGUGCCACCAACCUCCUGUGGAUGGAGAACGAAAUCGGACCACACACCAUUGUUUCACCAUUGUUAUACAUUCCAGGCUAUAAAUCGGUGUUAUUCAUAAGUAGUUUUACUGGUCGUCACAGAACGUGCAGAGUUCUUUUAAAAGUAAGCUGAGAACUAUUAUCUAUGCGCUCAUUGCAAUGUACUCAUUGUCAUGAGAUCUAAUCAGAUGGACCGGUUUGGACCAUUACCCAAUCACCACCUGGUCACCUAGCAGACCUUUCCCAUAAACACGGACAUGGAUGCCAAUAGUUUUGUGCAAGACAAUUCAGAUUCCAAAGAAGUGAACAAAAUCAGGGUCUACCCUAAGCCAAAAUAUGUGGACAUGUUUAUUUUCCAUUCCACUCUGCAGUGAGAGUAUUUCUUACUCACACGAUCACCUGACAUCAUGUUUACAGCUGAUUAGCAGUGAGGCUGCUGGGAAGAGUCAGUUUGGGAGGGUACUGAGGGAGAGGACAGUUGGAGUCAAGACAAGUCUAAUUAGAAUUAAAGAUGACUUCAUAGUGGGGUGGGUUAGGAUUAGGAAUAAUGCAUUUAGGCUUGUUUUCUUCACCACAGUUUCUCUGCUGCAGAGAGGAAGCCAGGGACCGUACAUUCAAUGUUAUUCAUUAUGAUCUAAAAGGCAGCACUUAUGCAAGAUCAGCAAUCCUAUUCUGAAACACUUUCUGAAUAUGGCCACAGAUGUUUAGUCAUCUAUGUCUAGGUGGUGAUUUGUGGUAACCAAAGUGUGUCUUCCACACACUCCCAAAGUUCUAUUACAUUAUACAGGCAACAUUUUGACCCUAUAACUAGGUCUUCAUCAGGACCAAAUUUACAACAUGAACUUGCUUCUUGGGAUUACUCAAUUAGCAGAAUAAGUAUGUGUGUAUACAGGUGGGCAUACAGGUAGUGCCAUCCCAAGGAGCACACAAAUCCAUUGAAAAGGAGAGCCUAGGAGGCCAAAAUGGAGGCCACGGUGUAGUCACUGGACCUCUGAGUGUACAAAACAUUAGAAGCACAUUCCUAAUAUUGAGUUGCACCCCAUUUGCCCUCAGAACAGCCUCAAUUCUUCAGGGCAUGGACUCUACAAGGUGUCGAAAGCGUUCCACAGGGAUGCUGGCCCAUGUUGACUACAAUGCUUCCCACAAUUGUGUCAAGUUGGCUGGAUGUCCUUUGGGUGGUGGACCAUUCUUGAUACACACGGGAAACUGUUGAGCAUGAAAAAACCCAGCAGUAUUGCAGUUCUUGACACACUCAAACCGGUGCUCCUGGCACUUACUACCAUACCCCUGUUCAAAGACACAUCUUCUGUCUUGCCCAUUCACCCUCUGAAUGGCACACAUACACAAUCCAUGUCUCAAUUGUCUUAAGGCUUAAAGAUCCUUCUUUAACCUGUCUUCUCCCCUUCAUCUACACUGGUUGAAGUAGAUUUAACAAGUGACAUCAAUAAAGGACCAUAACUUUCACCUGGUCAGUCUAUGUCAUGGAAAGAGCAGGUGUUCCUAAUGUUUGAUACACUCAGUGUAUGUUUUAAAUGCAGACUUUGCUUAUUGAAACCAGCGGCACAUUUUGCAAACCACACACUGAUACGCACAGCCUUGUAUUUACCCAGCCUUUUAUUUAUUCAAAUCAUUGGCACCUCGACCUCGCCCCUCUUUCAUUGAUAGGGGUUUGAUGCAUGCAAAUGACUCACCCUCUGUUCUCAUCUCUGAACCUAGUGACUCCGCUAGCAUGGUUCAAUGUCACAGACACAAGCUAUUGUCUUGUCUUUUUCGUUCUCUUUCUGUGUGUGUGCGUUUGCAUGAAUAAGAACUUCCAGUUCAGCAUGUGUGUGUGUUGAGCAGAAUGGCCACUCAUUUUCAUAGAGCUCAGUCCGGUGUGUAACAGUUGGCCCUUGGCCCUGCUCUCUCCAGACAGGGCCUCAGUCACAAAGCACACUUUGUCCCAGUAAACGGGAUAAGGCCUGCAGCUGGGCCAUGCAGUGUCCUGUCACCCUCUCUCUAUCUCUGUCUCCCCUCACUCACUGUCACGUCACAGAGCCUGAUGUAUGCACCAUAAUGACAGGGCAACCUCCAGGUAAUAUUUCACCCAGCCAGCACUGAGAUAAGUGCCCUGACUAUGACAAAUCAUCAGACCAAAGCAACUUCCAUUCUGAGCCAGAGACUUAGGAUAGGACUUAUAUGAGGCUGUUGUAGCAACUGUACUCUCACAAAGGAAGCAGUAUGGAUGGGGGUCACAGGAGGUUUGUGGCACCUUAAUUGGGGAGGACAGGCUCAUGAUAAUAGCAGGAGCGGAAUAAUGGAAUGGUAUCAAAUACAUCAAACACAUGGUGUACAUCUGUUUGAUGCCAUUCCAUUUGCUCCGUUCCGGCCUUUAUUAUGAGCCAUCCUCCCCUCAGCAGCCUCCUGUGAUGGGGGUUUAGUACUAAUAUGUGAAUCUAGUUUAGUUUGAUGGUGCUCUUUAACAUACACUCUUAGAAAAAAAGGUGCUAUCAAGAACCUAAAAGGGUUCUUCGGCUGUCCCCAUAGGAGAACCCUUUAAAGAACCCUUUUUGGUUCCAGGUAGAACCCUUUUGCGUUCCAUGUAGAACCCUUUACACAGAGGAUUCUACAUGGAACCCAAAAUAGUUCUACCUGGAACCAAAAAGGGUUGUACUUGGAACCAAAAAGGGUUCUCCUAUGGGGACAGCCGACGAACCCUUUUGGAACCAUUUUUUCUAAGAGUGUACUUAAGUCCAUUUUUACAGUGAAGUGCCAUAAAAAGAAAAGAAGCUGUGCAAAUCAGUUAUGAUUGUCAUAAUGUCAUAUUAUUGCAUACAAACAAACAUGAUUUAUGGCCUAUGCCAUUAUAACGCAAAUGUUACUUGAAUGUUAAUACUGUAUGUUCCUGGCAGAGGACUCAGCUUUGUGUGAAAGAUGGCAUGAUCCUUCCUUUCCUGGCAUGUUUAUCCAUCCUGUUUGCUUGUUCAGCACAUACAUGUUCUGCUGUUUGUGUGUGCCUCAGUGGCUAUCACACAGUAUUUCCUGUAGUGAUGGGAAGUUCGACACUUUUUACUGACUCAGAUCUUUUUGACUCGUUCUGUCAAAAGUAUGAAUCUUUCGACUCAUUUCGUUCAUUUUAUUCAGUAAUGCCCAGAGCGCGCAGGACCCCCUACCGGCGAAAGCUGAACUAAAAACUUGAGAGACUUAUGAUUCUACAAGCCUCUCGUUCACCAUAGGGGGCUUAUUGGAGCUGUCAUUUGUGACUGAGACUUACUAAAGUGUACAUUUGUGAUAGCUAGGCAUACAAAUUAGAUAAUAUAUUAAUACCUUUGAAACAAGGUCUAGUUGCGGCUGCAACCAGACUAGAUUGUGAACGACUCUUUGUGGAAUGACUUGACUGCGGAGAGGGAGAUAAGCACAUAUCGUUCGCGAACUGCAGCAGGCACCCAAACGAUUUGUUCUCGAUUUUGUUCAGCAGAUGCAGGCUGUUUAGGCUUCUACAAAUCUGUGUAGCUUUCAAUAAUCUAUUAAUUACAUUCAUUCUUGCACCAUGAGAUCAAAUACCAGUUCUAAACAUGUAUUUUUCUUCUCUAUGCUGCGUAUGCAUCAUGAUCUAUUUUCCUGCGCGCACAUAUGAUAGACAGUUGGUGGUCGGAGCACGUCUCUGGAGCCGCUGAGCAGGUCAAACGAACGACUAAAAGGAACGAGUCACUCUGAAAAAAUGUAUCAGUCAGUAAAAAAGGUUGUUCAAAAAUAAGCAUUCGUGAACUGCACUUCAUUAAUUUCCUGUACCUCACAGAUUCACUCAAGUCACUUAAAAGUCUAGCGUGCUCCCAAUUACUGCUUCUUCAUUUGGAAUUAUAUUAUAUUGAAUUCUGUAUGACGUUGCAACCAAAGUAAUUUGUGUCUAUUUCACAAUACGCUUUGAUAGUGGGUUGCACUUAUUGAUAUGAUAUACACUGAGUGUACAAAACAUUAGGAACACCUGCUCUUUCCAUGACAUAGACUGACCAGGGGAAUCCAGGUGAAAGCUAUGAUCCCUUAUUGUUGUCACUUGUUAUAUCCACUUCAAUCUGUGUAGAUGAAGAGGAUUAGACAGGUUCAAGAAGGAUUUUUAAGCCUUGAGACAAUUGAAACAUGGAUUGUGUAUGUGUGCCAUUCAGAGGGUGAAUGGGCAAGACAGAAGAUUUAAGCACUUUUGAACAGGGUAUGGUAGUAGGUGCCAGGCGCACCGGUUUGAGUGUGUCAAGAACUGCAACGCUGCUGGGUUUUUCAUGCUCAACAGAUUCCCGUGUGUAUCAAGAAUGGUCCACCACCCAAAGGGCAUCCAGCCAACUUGCACAACUGUGGGAAGCAUUGGAGUCAACAUGGGCCAGCAUCCCUGUGGAACGAUUUCAACACCUAGUAGAGUCCAUGCCCUGACGAAUUGAGACUGUUCUGAGGGCAAAAGGGGGCAAAAGGGGGUGCAGCUCAAUAUUAGGAAGGUGUUCCUAAUAUUUCGUACACUCUGUGUAUUUCCAUAUAGGGUAUCUGAAAUACCUUUGAGUGAGAAAGAGACAGGGAGAGAUCAUGAGAGAUUUAAACAUCAGUAAGUAGGGCAAAAUAAAACUUCCUCAACAGAAACUCUCAAUAGACAAUGACAGAUUUGCAUCAAACCAACUAGUGUUUUAUGUUGUUUUGCCAGCCGAAAAAUGGCAAGCAAAGCAGGCCUGGAAUAUUGAACAUGGUGUGGUUUGCUGGGUUCACAAACAAAAUACUCUUAUUGACAAUCUCCCUUGCUAUCUGAACAGAAGGAGUCCUCUGUUCAAUACUGCAUAGCAGGAACAUGUUAUUGUCAUGCUAGCUUUGUUAGCUAACAGCCCACCAUAAUGUGACAAUGCUAACCACUGUCUAAAUCUGAGUCCAUGUCUGGGGAUGUCUAGAGAAGGUUGACACAAUGGAAGACUGUUGAGUCCAGUCAACAAGGACAUCAUGACAAAGGAAGGAAUACUCAUUUUGAUGGAACCAUGAGAAAAUUCUAUGGAAUGUUUUUGUGUUGGUUUGUAAUUUGAAACCAGGGGAAACAGAGUGGACUGUUCCCCAAACUGUUCACAUACAUUGGAUGUGUCUUGUGUGAUAUGUAAACACAUUUCUAGUUCUGAUGGGUAUGUAACAGUGUUCACACGUUAUAUCUGAGUGUAUGGCAGUGUCAUUUCUAGAGCAUUAUAUCUAACAGCAAUUGUCUUCCUUUCCCUUUCUCUCUCUGCAGUGUUUCCUUUGUGGUGGGGGGGCGGGGGGGCCAGCGGUGGUGGGGUCUGGGCCCAGGGCUGGGGCCAAGGCUGGGGCUUGGGCCGCUGUAUGCAAUGGGAACCAGGGCCUGGAGAGGGGGCCCAGGCCCCAGCAUUUGACUGCCCAGUCUGGUGUGUCCUCUGCCGGGGAUGCAGGGCCAGGCUCAGGGAGGCCUGCCAGAGAGGGAGGGGGGCCAUCAGACUGCCCACUGACAUGCUAAGCAUCAAACUCCCCCAGCUCUUCGACAUCCACCAAGUCCCCAAGGUAAGAGUGGCCAGACUGAAAGAGAAACCCUUUGCAACCAUUUCACAAACCUUCAGAGGUUUCACUGACUGAAUGUUCAUGUUUUACUAAAUAUAGGAAAUGGUGUCGAGAUCAGGAUUAUAUGUCACACAGUUCCCAGAGGGCUGUCUGCACUUAUGUUCAACCCAGUCCUUGCUCCAUCUUCACCCGGGUCCGUAUUCACAAAGCAUCUCAGAGUAGCAGUGCUGAUAUAGGAUCAGUUUUGCCUAUUAAAUUAUAAGGAAUAAGAGGGGGGAUCUGAAGUGACACCCAACAACCUGCCUGCUCGACCCCAUCCCCUCCUCCCUUCUCCAGACCAUCUCUGGAGACCUUCUCCCAUUCCUUACUUCCCUCAUCAACUCAUCCCUGACCACUGGCUGUGUCCCCUCUGACUUCAAAAGGGCCCGAGUCGCUCCCCUCCUCAAGAAACCAACACUCGAGCCCUCUGACGUUAAAAACUACAGACCAGUAUCCCUUCUUACUUUUCAUUCCAAAACAUUUGAGUGUCCUGUCUCUGACCAACUCUCUCGCUAUUUCUCUUAGAACGAUCUUCUUGAUCCUAACUAGUCGGGCUUCAAGACGGGUCACUCAACGGGUCACUCAACCGAGACUGCUCUCCACACUGCCAAAGCUGACUUUGUCUCCUCUGUUCUCAUCCUCCUAGAUCUAUCCACUGCCUUCGACACCGUGAACCAUCAGAUCCUCCUCUCCACUCGCUCGGUUCUAGUCCCUCUCCUCUUCUCUCUAUACACCAAGUCACUCGGCUCCGUCAUAUCCUCACAUGGUCCCUCCGAUCAUUGAUAUGCGGAUGACACUCCCACGCUACUUUUCUCCUUCCCCCCUUCUGACACCCAGGUGGCGACACGCAUCUCUGCGUGCCUGGCAGACAUCUCAGCUUGGAUGUCGGCCCACCAUCUCAAGCUCAUCUUCGACAAGACGGAGCUGCUCUUCCUCCCGGGGAAGGCCUGCCCGCUCCAAGACCUCCAUCACGUUUGACAACUCCACCUUGUCCCCCUCCCAGAGUGCAAAGAACCUUGGCGUGACCCUGGACAAUACCCUGUUGUUCUCUGCAAACAUCAAAGCAGCAGUGACUCGCUCCUGCAGGUUCAUGCUCUACAGCAUUCGUAGAGUAUAACCCUACCUCUCACAGAAAGCGGUGCAGGUCCUAAUCCAGGUACUUGUUAUCACCCAUCUGGUCUACUGCAACUCGCUGUUGGUUGGGCUCCCCGCUUGUGCCAUCAAACCCCUGCAACUCAUCCAGAAUGCCGCAGCCCACCUGGUGUUCAACCUUCCCAAGUUCUCCUAUGUCACCCCGCUCCUCCGCGCACUCCACUGGCUUCCAGUCAAAGCUCUUCUUUUUUCUGGCACCCCUAUGGUGGAACCAGCUUCCUCCUGAAGCUAGGACAGCAGAGUCCCUUCCCCAUCUGAAACCCUACCUCUUCAAAGAGUAUCUUAAAUAAUCUCACAGGACAGGUCUUGAUGUCCUCCAGUUGUAUGUUAGAUAAUCUCUUUAGUAGCCUAAAGUAUGUACUGUAUCACAGCAAAUGUGUUUGUGUUUUGCCUUCAGGUGUUCCGGGAGGAUGGGAUCAUCUCAGGCUAUCGUCACCCCCAAAGCUCUGCCCUGGACUGCAUCCUUAGCAGCUUCCAGAUGACUAAUGAGACAGUCAACAUCUGGACCCACUUCCUGCCCACAUGGUAUGUACACCAAUGCAAACACUCUGAAUGUAGACAAGAUCAGAUCCAUAGAUAGCGGGAGGUAUUCUGUAACAAUUAGGGCUGGUUUAGACUGGAAAGCAUACGUAUCAGAUUGGUGUCUUCCUGUCUUCGUAUGAAAUCUUCCGAUCACUCUCUCAUUUCAUCUGAAUUUGAACUGACGGUGUUGCGACGCGUCUCAUUUCCCAGGUACUUCCUGUGGCGCUUCAGCGUCCUGUGCUCCACACUGAACUUCCUGUCGGAGAGCUACACCUGGCCGCUGCUGGUGUACAUGCUGCUGAUCUGUGUGUACCCCUUCACCUCCAGCUGUGCCCACACCUUCAGCACCAUGUCCCCCGAGGCACGCCACAUCUGCUACUUCUUCGACUACGGGGCCCUCAGCCUCUACAGCCUGGGUAAGGCCCACUGCAUGAAGUCUGACUGUCUGCACUUCACAGUUAGACUAUUUGUACUUCCUUUACCUUUAGUAAUUUUUUAUUGUUAAAUUUCCUCCUGUACCAAGUCUGCCAACUCUCACAGUAGGCUACUGCUUCUUCUAAUCCGACCUUGUGCAAUACCACAAGGUACAGGCCAGGGGCCAUCUUUCAAGUUCCAAAAAGUCUCUGCGAAUUGGAGAAAUUCAUUGCACGAUUAGAACUUUAUAUCCUUGGCCACUACUACUUCCCACAUUUGUAACCAUUGUUUGUGUGGUAACGUCAUUGUUUGUGUGGUUACUUCAUUGUUUGUGUAUGUAUGAUUUGGCGCUGUGUGUGUCGUGUUGCUGUGCUGUCUGGGCUUGUCAGAUUCACUUUAAUUAAGGUUUUUGGCCCACAAAACCUCAUAAUAAUAUAUGUCUUGUUCAAGUAUCAAGACAAGCUAAAAUCGGUUCGACAGCUUAAUAUCAACAGUGAAAUCAGAGUGUUUUCUUCUACAAUCCUUUCACCUUUGAAAAAUGUUUGUCUUUCAUUUAAAACAUUCAGUCUGAGGGUUGCUCUUCCAAUAGAGAAGCCAUACAUGGCUACUUACAAACAGAGAGCAUGUUGCACCAGAUUGCACUGUCAGAUUUAGGUCAACAGACAGCAGAGAUUAAAAUAUCUGCAUAUGUUUUCCUCUCGGAACCAGCAUCUGGGAAAGGUUUUUAUGGAUGUUUGCAUACCACUACUCUACACCUUCACGUGGAGAUUUUCCAUGGAUUAAUGUCUGUGUCCACAUGCUUGCUCAACGGAUUCAUAUACUUGGGUAUUUGCAUUAUGCUUGUGAAUACGCAUGCUUUUCUUGGGUGUGUGCUUGCUUGAAUGGGUGUGUGUGAUAGACUUGUCUCUCUGUCUUUCGAACAUAAACUUUGUCCCUUACUUUGAAAAACUGCCGCUUAAAGCCAUAUUAACGGAUAUGAGGCCCCUGCAAUUUGAUCCUUAAUCUACCACAAUUCUCCUUACUGUCAAAACAUACCCAGCCCUAAAUGUCCAAAAGUCAAUUUCUGCGAUAAGAAUUGCAAAUGUUUACUGUAGGUGGUGUUCUGCAGCCAAGCAGUGGCGGCUCCUGAAAAAAUUCUCAGGGGGGGCAAUUUUUCUGAUGAUUUAGGUGACCUACACACAUUUUCAAAAAGAUAUGUCCAGCAACAACAUGAAGACAGGGGCAGCAUAUAAGUCAAUGCCAGAAGCAUUUAUUGACUGAUCUCAAAAGUGUUGGCUUACAAAAGCAAAAUAAGUUAUCACAGUAAAAAUAAUCAAGGGUGUUAUUUCACAUUCCUCAACACUGCAUAAACAAUAUGCAUUUCCAUAAACAAAUGAAAUAUCAGCUGAAAAUACAGCAUCUUGUUCAGUAUUUGUUCAGAUUGCAGGAUCAACAAGAGCUUUUACCACAUUUUUUGCCUCAUGGUUGAAUUGGAAAUAUGUGCACCUGAGCAUAAUUCACAACAAGCAAGCAGGAGCUUUUGAUAGAGGCUACUGAAAACAUUGAUGCAAGUUAUUGGUAAUAAGACAUUUUUAUAGACUUCCAUAUUCUGCCCUCUUGUAUAUAUUUGUGAAAAUGAACAGUGAUAGACAUUUUGCCUGAAAACAGAAUUUGAAAAUAAUUUAUAGAAAAGGUAAACACAGCUAUCUGUAUGGCUUUGUAAAAAUGAACAACCAUAUUCUGGCCAAUUGUAUAGAUUUGUAAAUAUGAACAACCAAAUUCUGGCCAAUUGUAUAGAUUUGUAAAAAUGAACAUGAACAGAUUUUUUUUUUAUUUUUACUUUUUUUUAAAUGAAAAAUAACUAUUUUAAACAACAUCAACUGUGAACUGAUUUGGGCGUGUGUGUGUUAAAGAGACAGACAGGGAGGGACAAAGAGAGAGAGAGGCUACAUUACUUGUACUGAAACUGUUCUCUUCUCUCUUUCAAUGCAGCAAAGCGGUCAAUGACUUUCUCAUUGAAAUCAGGCAUGCUGAGGACUAGUUCCCUCUCCAUGGAAAGCAUGGCCAGUGCAUUCAGACGUUCCUGGCCCAUUGAAUUUCGCAGGAAUGUCUUAACUCGUGUCAAAGUUGAGAAACAUCUCUCAGCUUCAGCUGUUGUCAUUGGAGUAGUUAUGGGGAUGUUCAACAGAGUCACAGUCUCAGAGAACGUCUCCUGGAGGUUGUAGCUCAUGAGAACCUGGUACAGCACCACAGUUUGACUUUCUCGUCGUCGGCAAAAAUACCGUUCAGUCUCUCCAAAAGCACACUGGCGAUUGAGACUGAGGUUGAUUCCGAGAUGGGAAGGAACUCAAAAAAGCGCUCCUGCACUUUGUGGUUUCUAUCUAUGUACCUCAGCACAAGCACCAGCUGUGUCUGUGUAGAAACGUCCGUGGUCUCGUCAGCUUGGAUAGCUACGAAGUUCGCCGACUUCACCUCCUCCACAAUAUGUUCCCUCAUGACCGCUAGCAUACACUCCAGUAGCUCGUUUUGAAUGGUCUUUGAUGUGAACUUCUUUCAAAGAGACAAUCGAGUUGCACUGAACGUUAGCCAUCUUGAUAGUAGUACGUGAAUUGAUUGACGCUGCUACCCGCUCUUUUCUUAGUUACGUUCAUGGUUAUGUUACGUAUGACGAAAGCGCGUAAGUGCAAGCCCUCAGAAACCCAUAGAGAUUGUAUUGAAAGCUCUGAUAUUUGAAAAAAAUUUCAGAUCAGACGUCUAGAUUAGAACACUGAUAACUACUGUUGCCGUGAUAUAAUUGAUUAGAAAAAAAUCCCUUCCUUUUCCCGUUUGGCAGUGUGUCGCCCAUAUCGCCCUAAUGAACACACCGCCCCUGCAGCCAAGUUUAUUUAAAAAAGCCUGUAGAUUUACCGGAAGUACAUAAUUGGGAUUAUAAACUGGUGCUGAAGCAUAUUUACAGCAAGUGCAAGGCCAAUGUUUCAUUAGUAGGUUGUUAGAGCCUAAUUGAUACAGUAUGUUGUGAGAAUUGCAAUUUAUAAGCAUUUUAAGUGCUUGGUGAGUGUAUGGUAGGUAAAUGCAUGGUAGAUUUAGACUCAGAUAUUGUAUAGUACCAGUCAAAAGUUUGGACACACCUACUCAUUCAAGGGUUUUUCUAUGUUUUUACUAUUUUUUACAUUGUAGAGUAAUAGUGAAGACAUCAAAACCAUGAAAUAACACAUAUGGAAUCAUUUAGUAACCAAAAAAUUGUUGAACAAAUCAAAAUAUAUUUUAUAUUUGAGAUUCUUCAAAUCGUCACCCUUUGCCUUGAUGACAUCUUUGCACACUCUUGGCAUUCUCUCAACCAGAUUCAUGAGGUAGUCACCUGGAAUGCAUUUCAAUUAACAGGUGUGCCUUGUUAAAAGUUAAUUUGUGGAAUUUCAUUCCUUCUUAAUGCGUUUGAGCCAAUCAGUUGUUUUGUGACAAGGUAGGGGUGGUAUACAGAAGAUAGCCCUAUUUGGUAAAAGACUGUCCAUAUUAUGGCAAGAACAGCUCAAAUAAGCAAAGAGAAACGACAGUCCAUCAUUACUUUAAGACAUGAAGGUCAGUCAAUCCGGAAAAUCUGUGCAAUCGCAAAAACCAUCAAGCGCUGUGAUGAAACUGGCUCCGCCGUGUCUUUGUGAGACGCAGAGUAGGUGAACAGAUGAUCUCCACAUGUGUGGUUCCCACCAUGAAGCAUGGAGGAGGAGGUGUGAUGGUGUGGGGGUACUUUGCUGAUGACAUUGUUGGUGAUUUAUUUAGAAUUCAAGGCACACUUAACCACAGCAUUCUGCAGCAAUACGCCAUCCCAUCUGGUUGCGCCUAGUGGGACGAUCAUUUGUUUUUCAACAGGACAAUGACCCAAAACACACCUCCAGGCUGUGUAAGGGCUAUUUGACCAAGAAGGAGAGUAAUGGAGUGCUGCAUCAGAUGACCUGGCCUCCACAAUCCCCUCGACCUCAACCCAAUUGAGAUGGUUUGGGAUGAGUUGGACCGCAGAGUGAAGGAAAAGCAGCCAACAAGUGCUCAGCAUAUGUGGGAACUCCUUCAAGACUGUUGGAAAAGCAUUCCUCAUUAAGCUGGUUGAGAGAAUGCCAAGAGUCUACAAAGCUGUCAUCAAGGCAAAGGGUGGCUACUUUGAAGAAUCUAGAAUAUAAAAUAUAUUUGGAUUUGUUUAACACUUUUUUUGUUACCACAUGAUUCCAUACGUGUUAUUUCAAAGUUUUGAUGUCUUCACUAUUAUUCUACAAUGUAGAAAAUAGUAAAAAAAAAAAAAAAGAUAAACCCUUGAAUGAGUAGGUGUCCAAACUUUUGACUGGUGCUGUAUGUUUUUUAACCUUUCAAUGUUUUGUGUGUUUGUGUCCAGGUUGUGCCAUAACCUAUGGCUCCUAUGUGAUGCCUGACUGCUGGGUCAACAGCUGGCUGCACCAACACUUUGUGCCCAUUGCCAUCUGCAACACACUAUUCUGCACCAGCCUGUCCUGCUAUUCUAGGUAGGCAGCCAUACUGUCUCCUACCCACAAUGCAUCACUCUCCUGGUCAUUGAAACCAUUGUAACUUUCCUCCCUCUGUUUUUUUCAUAGAUUCCUAGAGCUGCAAUUUCCACACCGGAGUAAAAUUCUCCGGACAGGGGCAUUUGUCUUUCCAUUCAUCUUUGACAACAUCCCUCUAUUUUACAGAGUGAGUGUAUUUUAAGAAGGUGUAGACAGAGUUCACAGAAAGUCUGCUUGUGCAAUUAUUGGGUUGCAUUCUGUUUGUUAUGUAACAGUUAAGAUCCGAUUAAUGCAUCUCUUUAAUACUUUGACCAGGACUUUUGACUCAUUAACUUAGAAACGGAUUUUGUGUAGAAUAAAUAAAGAUUUGACCACAUGCUGUUAAAGCUUUUAAUCUAUUGGCCGCUGUUUGUGCCAAUGAUCUUAUGUGUGUGUUUGUGUAGCUGCUGCUGUGCUGCGGGGGCAGCUGCUGUCACAGUGAGGCCCUGCCCAGUCACUGUUACCACCUACUCUUCGCCUUCCUCACCUGCUUCCUGUUUGCCUCACACCUCCCAGAGAGGCUGGCCCCGGGGCGCUUCGACUACUUCGGUAUGUCCACGCCAAUGCCUGGUGUUACCGUGGCAACUGGAAUUGGGAGGUUAUACCAGUUAUUGAGCAAGCUUUAGCUAGUCUGGCCAAUUAUUGUUGGCUCAUAUCGGUAUCAUUUCUACUGUGUCAGUGAUGGUACUGUAGGCGAAUAUUUGAAUAGUGACUGCAGUAUCAUCAAAUCCAAGCAUUUUCAAUUACUUUCUCUCUCAUUGAUAUCGCUCUCCUUCUCUCUCUCCUCUCUCAGGCCACAGUCACCAGCUUUUCCACAUCUGUGCCGUGGUGGGUACCCACUUCCAGAUGGAGGCGGUGCUAGCAGAUAUGACCUCACGCAGGGCGUGGCUCAUCACGCAGGCGGCCGAACCCUCCUUCCUGAGUACCCUGGGGGCACUGGCCCUCGGCAUCAUCCUCAACCUAGGCAUCAUUGUCAUCUUCAGUGCCCCUCUGCUGUGGAACCCACACCACAGUGCCAACCACCCACUGACGCCACCCACGAAACGCAAGCAACAGUGACACUCCCCACAACCAGUGAUCACCCAGUAUGUUCAAAUGAAAAGGGUUGGCUAAACCAUUCUCCCAGUCGUGAACUUUGGAAAUAAUAACCACAAAAAGUUGUAUUAUACCUUUUAAAACCAGGUAGUAUUUGUAUAACUCCAUUGGAUUAUUAUCACAGGAUGGUUUUUCUACAUGUUAUUCUAACGUCAUUAUAAGGUUUGUUUAGGAGUUUAUUAAUGUGUUCACUGUUUACUUUGAAUCUGAAUACCCAGCAAUUUUUAUGAAGCCUUUCAGUUAUUCAGUAUCAUUGUUUACUGUUAAAAGUUGUGGAGGUAUUUAGAGUUAAAGUAUCAUAUGCCGACUUCUUUUCACUUAUACUUGAAAGGCUUUGGGUUGUAUGAAGCAUAUUUGAUGUCUAACAACACAUAAAAGUGCCUUCUUUUAUAGAUAGUGACACAAAUGUUACCUAAGUACUCGUAACAUUAUUUCUGGUUUGUGAAAUCUCAAACUGGAAAAAUCUUUAACUGUAAAGUUGCAGGGAAUUUUCAUAUUAAUAUAUAAGUAUUUAGCUACUGUUGUUCAUUUGUCCUAUAUAUUUGUAAGCCAUUAUUAGAACAUCUCAAAACCCAUAUUUAAUAUAAAGUAUGACUAUCCAUUACAUGAUUCUCAUGACUUCUAAAAUAAUCUGCACUCUCACUAACUGGACUACUUAGUAUGAUUCCACCAUUUUAUUUCAAUAUUCACUACCAUCUCAUUUAAAUCUACAUCAUAUAUGCAGUUUUCAAUUGCUAGACCCCAUUUCUCCACUAUGAGUUGAAUAGAUUUACAGACCAGUAUAGUGCUCUCUCAGAUGGCCUGCUCUAAAUGUCUAAAGCUGCUAUCUAGAAUCUAAAAGGGUUCUUCAGCUGUCCCCGUAGGAGAACCCUUUAAAGAACCCUUUUUGGUUCCAGGUAGAACCCUUUUGAGUUCCUUGUAGAACCCUUUCCACAGAGGGUUCUACAUGGAACCCAAAAGAGUUCUAUCUGGAACC